UUCUUCAUCACCGCAAGGUCUUGUUUCUGACCAAUUACAGAAAGAUCGAGGUUUCUUGUGCUGCAAAUGCAACCCAGAAAACUACUGUUGCAUUAUUCCCUCGAGAUAAGUGAAUUAGAGUAAAAUUGCCUGAGAGUAUUUACUAUCUAAUCAUGGAGUAGAUUCAAGCCCGUUUGAACUUAAGCCCGUUCAAGUUGGUGACGGAAAAAACAGUGUCGCCAGAAAGGUAAUUGACCAAGUGAGAUUCAGAACUGCAAAGAUGGUAGGCUAAAUCUUCACUAUUUUUUAUUCAGCCCAAAAUUUCUAGUUCAUUCUCUUGUAUUCUUUCAAUAGGAUUUACGAACAAUUAACUACUUUCGUGCAGAGAACAUCUGUACAGUUACAGGCUAUUUGAUCAUUCGAUUUUUCCUAGGAGGUGAACAUUUAACCUUGUUGUAUAGCGGUGACUCAAAGUCUCGCAUGGGUUACUCGAAUCAGUGGUUAGACUUUUCAACCCGAAGCCUUAGCAUAUAAAGGAGCUCCAAAAAUUCUUCGAAGUCUGUGAAAAUGAGAAAGAUGGGCAAUCGUUUUAUGGCAAUUAAGCUGUGAAUUUUCUUGGCUGUCGUUCAUCUGAAGGUUGUCAAAGUCAAAUAAGCUGCCGAAAAGUCAAUCUGUUUUUAUCAAUUUACACUGUAGUGGGAGCUGAAAAGGUUUACUUUCGUCUCUAGCUAACCAAUGAAAAUGGGUUUCCCAACUCUAGUCUCCCCUGCAAUUUUCAAGUCAACAGGCGCGUUCUGCUUUUGAAGGAGAAGCAACUCGGGUUCUAUAUUGAGAAGAAGAACAGUGAAGAAACAUUAUGAUAUAGAGAAAGUUUGAAAUGGCUCUGACUCGUCUUGUGUUUUCUGUUGUGUCCUUCGUCAUCUUUUAUCUUUUUCUGCUUUGUUUGGCUCAAGAUGAAAGGAAAAUCAAUCCAAAAUGUCCACCUUUCUCCUGUGGUUUACUGGGUGAGAUCGGCUUCCCUUUCUCCAAUCGAACGCAUCCCGAGUGUGGCUUAUGCAUAGUAGAUGACUGUGACAAAACUUUUCAGAAGAUUCAACUGGGGAAUCAUGGGCCACAGUUUUAUGUUUUAAGCAUCUCUCAGGAUAACAUGGUCACCCUUCGUGACCAGGAAUACCCAAAUCAGUUGGACGGCCAUAACUGCGGAUCUUUAAAAAGGUUGUCUAUUCCCAUCUCCCCUUUUCUCUCUUUUGAAAUCCCUUACAACCAAAACGUUUUCCAAUGUCCUCUCACUUAUAAUAAGCCCAAAGAUUUCGUUUGGGCUUGCAAUGACUCCAAACACUUAUUUCUCUACUAUCUUCCUACUGCUAAAUUGCCAGAUCUUCUGCCUCAGUGUUUACAUAUUCCCUUCAGUGUGAAUAAGACGCGGCAAAGUGUUGAAUAUGUCAAUUUGUCAACUUAUGCAUUCGCCUUGGGAGUAAAUGUGACAAAAGAAUGUCUUAGUUGUUAUAAGGAGGGAGGGCAAUGCCAGACUGAUGGCGAGGGAAAGUUUAAUUGCUCAGUGACAGCAAGAACAGGAAAGGGAAACUUGGCAAUGAAGCUAGGCCUCGGACUAGGUGUUGGAGUUGGAGGGUCUGGUCUAAUUGCGGUUCUGUCUUUUAUUAUUUGGUGUCGCAAGAAACAAAGGUGUAAUCCCACAAUCUUCAAUUCAAGGGACUGUUCUUCUGACCCCUCCUCAAGGUCGGAGCUGGAAGUGGGUGGUGCCUAUUUUGGGGUCCCCAUAUUCUCCUACUCUGAACUUGCAAAAGCCACUAACAAUUUUAGUCAUGAGAAAGAACUUGGAGAUGGAGGCUUUGGAACAGUAUACUAUGCGAAACUUCGCGAUGGGCGGGAGGUUGCAGUAAAGCGCUUAUACGAGCACAAUUACAGAAGGGUUGAGCAGUUCAUGAAUGAAGUUGAAAUACUCACACGUCUGCGUCACAAAAAUCUUGUAUCCCUUUAUGGCUGCACUUCACGGUUCAGUCAACAGGGUCUCCUUCUUGUGUAUGAAUAUGUUCCUAAUGGUACUGUUGCAGAUCAUCUCCAUGGUAAUCUAGAGAAGCCAGGUUCAUUAACAUGGCCUAUUCGUAUGAAGAUUGCAAUAGAAACAGCUAGUGCAUUGGCAUACCUCCAUGCUUCUGAUAUCAUACACCGUGAUGUGAAAACUAACAACAUUCUUCUUGAUAGCAAUUUUUGUGUAAAAGUUGCGGAUUUCGGGCUUUCCAGAUUGUUCCCCACUGAUGUUACUCAUGUCUCAACUGCUCCACAAGGAUCUCCAGGCUAUGUUGACCCUGAGUAUCAUCAAUGUUAUCAGCUAACAGAUAGGAGUGAUGUAUAUAGCUUUGGAGUUGUUCUUGUUGAGCUCAUAUCAUCAAUGCCUGCUGUAGAUAUAAACAGGCACAGACAUGAGAUUAAUUUGGCAAACUUAGCAAUAAACCGGAUCCGGAAACACGCAAUAGAAGAGCUGUUCGAUCCAUUACUAGGAUACCAAUCUGAUGAAGAAGUUCAGAGGAUGUUAACUUCAGUUGCAGAGUUGGCAUAUCUAUGUUUACAACAGAACAAGGAAAUGAGACCGCCCAUGGAUGUGAUUUUGGAAGAACUGAAGAGAAUUCAAAAUAGAGAAUGGAAAUUGGAGGAUGUCAGAGAUGAGAAAGGUGAUAAUGAAAUGCCAAAGAAUAUGCACCCACCACCAUCACCAUCUGAUUGCGAUAAUCUUGCUUUGUUGAAGCAUAUCAGAUUGCCAUCUUCACCCAUUUCUGUGACUGCCAAAUGGGUUAGUAAUAAUACCACACCUAAUGUCAGUGGCUAAGAUUUUUGGUUUCUUGUUUCUGGAUUUUUGGGUUGAAUAGUGAAAAUAUGUCAUCAACGCACAUCAGCUCAUAUUUUUUUGCUGUUUAUAGAAGUAAUAUGCAAUAUCUGUAGGCUCAAGCAAGAGAGCAUGUACAUAUGUAAACUAAUGGUGAAUGGAGCAACUUCAAAUUUUGCAAGAGA